AUGGGGUCAAUGUCAACCUAUGACGUCAUUCCUGUUAACUUAUUUACUGCACUACCAAAUGUCCACUGGACAUAUGCCUGUCCAUUGGAUCCAGUGGACAAAUCAAAUGUCCACUGGACAUAUCUAUGUCCAUUGGAUCCAAUGGACAAGUGGAAUGUCCAUUGGACAUAUGCAUGUCCAAUGGAUCCAUUGGAUCCAAUGGACCAUUGGACAUACUCCCUUUGCCAUCUCACAGGCCUGCUUACCUGCAUGGGGUCGAUGCCCACAUAUUACGUCAUUCGAAAUAACUUAUUUACUCCACAACCAAAUGUCCAGUGGACAUAUUUCUGUCCAUUGGAUCCAAUGGACAAAUCAAAUGUCCACUGGACAUAUCUAUGUCCAUUGGAUCCAAUGGACAAGUGGAAUGUCCAUUGGACAUAUGCAUGUCCAAUGGAUCCAUUUGAUCCAAUGGACCAUUGGACAUACUCCCUUUGCCAUCUCACAGGCCUGCUUACCUGCAUGGGGUCGAUGCCCACAUAUUACGUCAUUCGAAAUAACUUAUUUACUCCACAACCAAAUGUCCAGUGGACAUAUUCCUGUCCAUUGGAUCCAAUGGACAAAUCAAAUGUCCACUGGACAUAUCUAUGUCCAUUGGAUCCAAUGGACAAGUGGAAUGUCCAUUGGACAUAUGCAUGUCCAAUGGAUCCAUUGCAUCCAAUGGACCAUUGGACAUACUCCCUUUGCCAUCUCACAGGCCUGCUUACCUGCAUGGGGUCGAUGCCCACAUAUUACGUCAUUCUAAAUAACUUAUUUACUGCACAACCAAAUGUCCAGUGGACAUAUUCCUGUCCAUUGGAUCCAAUGGACAAAUCAAAUAUCCACUGGACAUAUCUAUGUCCAUUGGAUCCUUAUGCCUGUCCAUUGGAUCCAAUGGACAAAUCAAAUGUCCACUGGACAUUUCAAUAUGUCCAUUGGACAUCUUGCAGAGGUAUUGGACAUUAA